AUGGCUUUGGUGCGGCCUGGAAAAAUCUUUGUGACAGUUGAGAGUGAAUGCGGUAGCUCCAUCAAGAAACUGCAACGCGACAUAAAUAAUUGCAUCUCGUCGCUUCAGUGUCAUCAGAUUGAUGUUUCAAAUUGGGAUGCAAUAUUCACAUAUUUGCGUUCGACAAAACUGCCAGAAACGACACUGGCGCUAUGGGAGCAAACCAUAGAAAAUAAAACUGAGAUUUCCAAAUGGGUAGAUAUGGAUAAAUUCCUAUCCAAUCGGUUUCAAACACUGGAAACCGUGACAGGUCUUAGGGGAGAUAUAGUUUCGAAACCUAAACCACCAAGCUCUCGGAAUUCUGCAGAGACGCCUGCAAAAAAGCUUGGCGCCUUUCAAGCCAGUGUAGCAAAGGCAACAUGUAAAAUGUGCAACAGCAAUGUACACAAGCUAUCAAAGUGCGACAGAUUUUUGCGUCUAAAGCCGACGGAGCGAGUAGAUUACGUGAAGAGCAUUCGCAGUUGCUUGAAUUGUUUAUCUGCUGGGCACACAGUCUCAAGAUGUACCAGCUCAUUUAACUGCAGCACUUGUCAUUCGAGACAUCACAAGUUGCUCCAUAUGCCAAUUCAGCCAAAUGCGACAAACGAUCCAUCGGGUAGCGUGGAAUCUACUCCAAACCAGGCUCAAUCAAGACGCGAAUCUGAAAAAGGAAACAUCAAAUCGGUUACAAAUGUAAAUUCUUGUUACGCAAAUACAAGUAAAGGAGUUUUGUUAGGAACAGCACGCGUAAACAUACACUUUAAUGGUAUACAUUUUUCGGCUAGAGCGCUUAUAGAUUCUGGUUCUGAGUGCUCGUUCAUUACUGAGAGACUCAAACGGAGAAUCAACCUGCCAUCAAAACGCUUGCAUGCCCAAGUUUCGGGCAUCAAUAACUCUGUAUCUGCGCAGGUAAAAGAAGCGUGUGCUAUUCAACUUCGGUCACCCACAGACCCGUUAAUUAAUAUAGAAGCAAUUGUGCUGGUUUUACCACAAUUAACCGGGGAUCUUCCGACUUGUCAGAUAAGCGCAAUGACGCGGCAAUCGUUCCCAGACUUGGUCUUGGCGGACAAAAGAUUCUUCGUCAAUGAGCCAGUUGACCUGGUCUUAGCAGGAGAUAUUUACCCGCAAAUAAUUUUAAGCGGAAUGAGGAAGAAUGUAUUAAAUACGCUUCUCGCGCAAGAGACCGUGUCCGGUUGGAUACUGACUGGUCGCGCGGACUCAGUCAGUCCAACUAACAAUAUCGUAUCGUAUUUUAACGAAGUCACGUUGGACAAGCAGCUAGCUGCAUUUUGGGAGCUGGAGGAUGUCCCAAAGGAAAAAGGCAUCAACGAAGAUGAUAAAUACUGCGAAGAGCUCUUCAAAGCAACUACAACACGAAAUACCGAUGGAAAAUACAUUGUGUCUCUACCUUUUAAACGGGAUUUUCCGAAAAAUGUGUGCUUAGGAUCUUCGCUGAAAAGUGCAUGCUCUCAGUUCUACCGGAACGAGACGCGACUAGCGAAAAAGCCUGUCCUUCAAACAGAGUACAACCGGGUUGUAUCUGAAUACGAGACACUAGCACAUAUGUCAAAAAUUAACAAAAACAUUUCACCAGAUUCAACGGACUGCUAUUUUUUACCGCACCACGCCGUUUUAAAGGAAGAAAGUACCACUACAAAGGUCAGGGUUGUAUUCAACGCAUCAUGCCCAACCGCUAAUGGCAUGAGUUUGAAUGAUGUCCUCCUUCCAGGUCCUGUACUUCAGGCCGAUUUAACGAUCCUCAUACUCCGUUGGAGACUGUUCCAAUACGUCUUCAACAGCGAUAUAGAGAAAAUGUAUCGGCAAAUAUUUGUAAAUGAGAAUCAAACGAAAUAUCAGCGCAUAGUUUUUCGCACCUGCCCAAGAGAACCAAUUAGCUUAUACGAAUUAAAAACGGUGACUUUUGGCAUCAACUGUGCUCCUUAUCUCGCGAUAAGGACAUUGCAUGAACUAGCUGAUGAGGUCGAGAGCUCGUUUCCAAUCGCAUCCGAAAUUUUGCGAAAGUGUAUGUACGUGGACGACGUACUUGCUGGAGGACACAGCAUCGAAGCAGCGAUUAAAGCUCGAGAAGAAAUACUACAGGUACUGGAUUCCGCAGGGUUCCCGUUAAGAAAGUGGACUUCGAACUCCAGUAAAAUACUUGAAGGUAUACCGAAAUCUCAUUUACUCACCGACGAUUUUCUAGAGUUUGACGAGUCUAGUACGGUAAAAGCACUUGGCAUCAGAUGGAAUGCCAAAUCUGACUACUUCUAUUUCACAGCAAAACCAAUAGAAAAUCGUGACGUCAUCACUAAAAGAGCGAUACUUUCAGCUAUCGCCAAACUGUUUGACCCGCUCGGUUGGCUCGCUCCAGUGGUAAUUGUCGCCAAGAUCAUUAUGCAAAAUAACGGGUGA